ACACGAGCCAUGCAAACAACACGUCUCACCUUCCUCUACCCGCAUCUUUUCCGGUCGAUACGCGCCAGCGAGCCGGUACCAAAAACUGUGCGCGUACGGCCACGAUCACCGCGACAAUGCCAGCCCGCGAGAGGGUUUUCGGCGCUUGGGAGGAGAGAACGUCAUAAGCACAUGCAAAGGCAUGGAAAAGCGGUAGAGCCACUUCCAUUGAACGGGGAGGGCGCUGAGGGCGCAGACAAUGUGAAAUCUACUGCGGCCGAGAAGACAAAAGAAACCGAGAAGAGUAAAGAGCUCAACAAGAAGGCCCAAAAGGCUGAACCAGAUGCGGAACAGGAAAAGGCGAAGGCAAAGGGGGGACAAGAUGCUGCGACAUUAGCUGGGGAUAGCAAUGCUCCUAAGCAGGAAAGCGGAACGAAUACAGAGUCAACAGCCAGUCAAAAGGCCGCUGCGGGUUCGACCGAUCCUUUACCACCCCUCGAUACGAUAUUGCAUAUGCCGCCACCUGAGAGCCAAGAAGAGAGGAAUUCGCAGAAACCACCACAUUUACAGACGCCGCCCUACGUUCAUCAUUUCGAUACCUACACAUUGGUCCAGCAGGUCAUGGCGGGGGAUUUCACAGCGGCGCAGAGUAUCACGGCUAUGAAGGCUGUAAGGGCUUUGCUGGCACACAAUUUGGAAGUAGCUAAAGCGGGGUUGGUCAGCAAGAGCGACGUGGAGAAUGAAACCUAUCUCUUCCGCGCGGCAUGCUCUGAAUUACGGACGGAAAUCCAGAAUCAACGCAAGGCGAACGACGAAGCGAUGCGCAGGGAACGUACGCUCCUACAGCACGAAGUGGAUAUUUUGAGUCAAAAACUUACUCAGGAGCUGCUCACGCUAAAGGAUGACUUGAAGGGUAUGUUUGAUGAUCGAAAAAUCGCUGUCAAGAUGGAACAAAGAGCUAUAGACAGUAAGAUUCAAGAGUUGAACUACAAGAUUGCCGUUGCUCUGAAUAGCGAUACCAAGUCCGAAGUCGAAGGCUUGCGAUGGGUUCUGACAAGAAGAUCGGUAAUGGGGAUCUUGUUCAUGGCGAUUAUGGUUCUAUCGUCGUUACGGUACGCGAGUUACAAGGCGCACGAGGAGGAAAACAGGAAGAAGAAGAAGAAGAAAGAAGCCGCCUCGAAGUCUAAUGAAGAAUCAUUAGAACUUCCUGCUCAGGGGGCAGCGGAGAUUCUGGCUGCCAACUGAGAGAGAGAGACUUUGGCAACAGUUUUUAAACAGCAUUAGAGGGGGCCAGGCCAGACUGGCCCAUGAAUCAUGAGGAUUUCCGAUAGGCACUGUUUCAAGACAAGUGCAAUCGUGUCACAUUGCCAUAGAUCGUUGGCGGGGAUCUCGAU